AAUGAACGACUAAAUUAUCUACAAAUUUUAAUUUAUGUGUUUUCAUUUUACCCGAUCUUCAACUGUUGUUACAUCUUAAACUUACACUCAUGAAAAUCUCUCAUUGAAAUUAUUCAAGGAAAUGAUUUUUUUAACGAAACCAAUCUAUCUGAAGCUUAUUAAAGUGUAUAUAAUCAUGUUCAUCGCAGUUACUGUCUACUUUAACAAUAUCAUUGUUGCUGGAGGCCGAAGCUUGGGAAACAAGAAGAAGGUUGUAAUUAUCGGAGAAAUGGCUGAUAUGUAUGAUUUCCUUGCCAAUUCCAGUCAUGAUUCGGACCAAUCAGAUGUAUCAUCACCCUACAUUGAUCCAUCAGAAGAUUAUGAUGACAAUCGAUGGCAUCGAUAUCCGUCAAGAUACACCAAAAGACGUGGUCAAACUCAUCAGAAAAGUGUGUUUGUCCCAGUCGCUGCUUAUUCAGUUACACAUAGCCGAGUUCCUGGACCAUCUAGACAUGGUUCAAUAAAACGUAUGAAACAUUUUAAAGAUCGUCAUUCCAUGAUGUAUCCAUCAGCAUCGACUCCUGGACGAACAACUGAAAGUGCAGUUUAUGGCUAUCUCAAUAGACCUGAAAUUGUUGAAUUUCGAGGUCAAUAUUUCUAUGGACCCAAUCCAGUUCCUUCUGCCAGUAGUUUACACGCAACUGCAGCCAGCUCUGAACAACCACUGAUAGCACCUCCUGCCAUAACUGGACAUAAAAAUACUCAACGGACAGGAAUCGGACCUGGAGGUCUACUCUUAGCUACAUUGCCACUCGUUUUAGCGCCAAUGUUGAGUUAUUUAUUUACUCCAAUGAUAAUUCCAGUAACAGCUACAAUUGCCGCUGGUCGAAGACGCCGAAGGAAACGUGAUGAGCCACAACUUAAUACAUCUUUACCAACAGUUGAAUAUACUUUAAUGGAAGAGCCUAAUGUUAUUCCGUUGAUUGACUUGACUAAACAAAAUGUUUCAGAAAAAGAAACAACUAAACAAAAUAGAACUGAAAAUGAUGAAUGGAACAAAAUGGAGUCCAGUAAUCAACAAUUGAGGGUUGUUAAGAUCGUUGCUGAUUUCCUACAGAAGGUCCAUUUCAAUGAGAAAGACAGAGACAAAGCAAUGGCUAAUUAUUUACAAUGCGACGGAUUAUUAACAUCAAAUGACCAUUGUUUAGAGCGUCUUGGCUGCGAGUUUAGUGACCCAAGUAACAAAGAAGCCCCAAUGUUGGACAGAUCAGUGACAUCAAUCAUUUUGAGUCACAUCUUGGCGAAUAACUUUAUCAGCUUGAAAUUUAAAGAAACCCUCAAAAUUGCGGCCAUUUAUGGAAAGGAUAAUCCAGGUAAAUGUUUCAAGUACAGAUGCAGCAAGAUAAAGGAGCCAAUUCCAGUGAUGAAACCAAGAAAAUAAUUUAAACUUCCUCUCAUCUUAUAAUUAACUCAUUUCUUUUCAUCCAAUUCACAAUCCAUAUCAACCUGACUAAUCAUUAUUGUCAUCAUUAAUUUAAAAACCAUGUCCUUUGAUACCAAACAAACACACACAAAAAAAAUGAAUUAGAUUAAAGAAAAUAAAAGAAAGCAAAUUUCUUGUGUA